AUGCCUAGGGCUUGUCUAGCGACAUUUGUCAUGGUCACCAGCUUCCUCUCCACCAUAAACCAUUUCCAUAUGGUAGCUACCGCUGGCCUAGCAGAUGAUGGUAUCCUCCUCACCCCAGACAUCGUGUCAAGAAUCCACACCGACCAUGAUUCGAUCGCCAGGGCGUCGUCAGACUUUGGCCACAUUGUGGAAGCCAUCCCGAAUGGGGUAUUCCAUCCCACCUCACCCGCCGACAUCGUCGCCCUAAUCCGGCUCUCAAUCUCUCAGCCGAAGCCCUUCGCCGUGGCGCCCCGCGGGCAAGGUCACUCCGCAAGAGGGCAGGCCCUUGCCCCGGGUGGCAUUGUCAUCGACAUGCGCUCGAUGCGGCGUGGUGACCAUGUGAGCAUGUCGUCCGAGCAGUUGUGGGCGGACGUUGGCGGGGAGCAGCUGUGGAUUGACGUCCUGCACGCCACGCUCGAGCAUGGCCUCGCACCCCGCAUAUGGACCGACUAUCUCCGCAUCACGGUCGGCGGCACGCUCUCCAACGGCGGCAUCGGCGGGCAGGCGUUCCGGCACGGGCCGCAGAUCUCCAGCGUGCACGAGCUUGACGUGGUGACAGGCAUGGGUGAAAUGAUCACCUGCUCUCCGGACAAGGACUCCGACCUGUUCUUUGCAGCCUUGGGCGGGUUGGGUCAGUUUGGGGUCAUAACCCGGGCCCGCAUCGCGCUUGAACCCGCUCCCAAACGGGUUCUUUGGGUCCGGGUCGCCUACGCCGAUGUUGAAUCAUUCACCAGCGAUCAGGAGCUGCUCAUAUCGAAACCGGCGUCCAGCGGAUCCGGUUUCGACUACGUUGAGGGCCAAGUCCAGAUGAACCGGACCCUCACCGAGGGCCGAAGGUCGUCCUCGUUCUUCUCAGCCUCAGAACUUGAUCAGCUUGCGAAGCUAGUCCUCGACACCGGCUCCACUGCAAUCUACUACAUCGAGGGUGCAGUGUACUACAACGAUGACACUGCCUCCUCUGUGAACCAGAAACUUGAAAGGCUACUGGAGGAGCUAAACUUUGUGCCGGGGUUCGCAUUCGUCAGGGACGUGUCGUAUGUGGAGUUCCUUGACCGGGUUGGCCGCGAGGAGCAGAAGCUGCGGGCGGCCGGCGUCUGGGACGUGCCGCACCCGUGGCUCAACCUCUUCGUCCCCAGGUCGCGCAUCCUCGACUUCGACGCCGGCGUGUUCAGGGGCAUCCUCAGGGACGCCAAGCCCGCCGGCCUCGUUCUCAUGUACCCCAUGAACAGGGACCGGUGGGACGACAGGAUGACGACGGCGACGCCGGGCGGCGAGGACGUGUUCUACGCCGUCGGGCUGCUCAGGUCGGCCGUGGCCGCCGGCGACCUCGAGCGGCUGGAGAGGGAGAACGCGGCGGUGCUGGCGUUCUGCGACCGGGAGGGCGUCGGGUGCAGGCAGUACCUGCCGCACCACGCGUCGCGGGACGGCUGGAGGCGGCACUUCGGCGAGAAAUGGGGCAGGCUCGCCGCGCUGAAGCGCAGGUACGACCCGCGGGGGAUCCUGUCGCCGGGGCAGGGGAUCUUCCCCGCCGCCGGCUCUGAUUCUCUGUAGAAGAUAAUCGUUUCGUGACCUGCAAGUAGGAAACGGAGAUGCUUGCACGUAUGGUCAGUUCUUGGCAACCUGCGUGCAUGUUGGGGGCGGCUGAUUCGGAGGAAAGCCGUCGUGGCAGUUCAUUGAUUUGUUUAUGUAGUUUGUUUGAUUUUCUUGUGUCAAAAGUAGGGGCCCAUAGGAAAUUUGUGACAGUUUAUUUUCUUGUGUCAAAUCCGGAGAAGCAACAAGUUCUAUUUGUGAUAGUAUAUUCUUUCUUUUUUUUUUGGAUCGUUCUGUAUGGGGUCAAUACUCAAUACAAGGCAUCUUCAAAGAACAUGUAAGCAUUGCACCAAGUCAACUACUGUGCUUCGAAGAAGCACUUUAGUUAUGUUGACUGUUGAGCUGUUGACCUUGCUCUGUUUAUACAAGUUUUAUGCAUGUACUGAGUUUAGGCUUGUACGGAAGCUUUGCUCUAAAGCUCGGGACUUGUGGUUUCGAA